AUGCAUUUCCGCCCUUUCAAACGGUAUACCACUCAUCUCAAUUUCAGUGCUCAAAGCUAUGCCUACUCUGGUCGUGACAGAAUUCAACAGCAACAGGCUGAGGUGAAUGAAGUGGUUGGGAUCAUGAAAGACAAUGUCGCACGGGUUUUGGAAAGAGAUCAAAGGCUAUCGGACCUCGACCAUCGGGCCGAAGUGGAUUAUCUUUGGCUGCUUAUUCGCCAAAAGGGUCCGGUGAGGUGGAAGCGCGGCGGGGUUAGGUCUGCUACUGGCUCCGCUAAACUAGGUGGGAAGAAUUCAAUCAUGGUUGCGGGGUGCGAGGCGGGUCUUGGUAUGCGUUUGUGUCCUUGCGCUGAGCUGGAUCUCUGGUGUGGGUGUCGUAAUGUGCGGGGUCGUGCAUUUUAUGAGGGAGAAGGGGAGCCAGCAAAUGGUCUCAUGACGCGUCUUCGUUGUGUUAAAUUUCGCGAGGAGUAUUUACAAGAGAAGCAGAAGCGCUGUCUUGAGGAGCUGAAGGAGCUGAGCAAAUGCCAACAAUUCAAAUUUACGCCUCCACCGUCUCACACUUAUCUUAAACUCUACCCCAAUGUGGUUGUAAAGAAGAAAAAAGAACGUCCAAAGUCAAUGGUAAGGUGA